UAGAUCUGCCAGCUUCCUAAGAGAUCAAUCUCGCUAAUCAAGGCCAACCAAUGGGGAGUGUCGCGAGGACCAUCAAAACCAUACACAAUGGAACUAUCUCGGCGAGAUACACAUGCACACAACGCGGCGCUAACAUACAACGACAAUAGUCUCUUGGAGGAACUUCGCGCCCCGAAACCGCGAUAGAAAGUUGUAGGAAGCAUGCACAGGCAUUAUAAAGCAAGGUCGCAAUCACCGUGUCACGAGGCUAGAUGACAGUAACUACGCCGUACAUAUUCCACAAAGCUAUACCACGUUCUCACGCCUACGAGCCUCUUUCUCCUUGAUUGGCUAUUCGAACCUUCAUCAACUCGCAUCCCACCGCCGGCACCAUGCAGCACCAUCGUGCGACGUCACUCUUCCAACCUUCCAAUUUGGCUUAUGCCAUGCGGAAGACUAUGGACCCUUCCGCUCCACCCUCUUACCUCUUUGGCUCGAUCAUGGCCUUCCCACAUACAAUGGUCGCCCGCACCAUUGCUGUGCUGGGUAUGGAUUAUGUCAUGGUGGAUGCGCUGCAUACCCCAAUCGAUACCGAGAAUCUAGUCCGCAUCAUUCACACCAUCAACUUCUGUAGCGAAGGGAAAACGGUUGCCGUUGUACGCGUCCCGUCUGCACACUCCGACCUGCUAACGCAUGCGCUUGAUGCAGGCGCUGCAGGAAUAAUCUUCCCGCAUAUCGAUACCGCCGAGCAAGCUGCCGAAGCCGUGUCCAAGUGUCGCUAUGCAACCUCUGGUGGAGACCGAUCACUAUCGCCAUGCGCGUUGGUGCCUGGCAUCACGGAUACAGCGCCCCACGGCUUGACACAUGAUCGAGUAGCAGACAAUCACAUCGCAGUUAUCUGCCAAAUCGAGAGCCAGCUAGCAAUGGACAAUGCAGAUGUCAUUGCCGCUACAGAUGGUGUGGACUGCCUCAUGCUAGGACCCGGAGACCUCCGUCUCUCGUUAGGCGUGCCAGCCCGCAAAUACGGCGAACGCGACGACCCGAGGUUUCUUGACGCCGUCAACAGGCUUAUCGACGUCAAAUACCGUCAUGGAAAGCCGCUCAUGACGGUGUCCUUCAAGAUCUCCGCGGCCGAGGAUUCGUGGGUGAAGCAUUUCAAUCUGUUGCUGGCGACGGCGGACUUUGUCGAUGUAGUCAAAGGCCACCAAGCUGCUUUGGGAACUAUCAAGACUACGCUUGCUGGUUUGAAUGAGACACCGCCCAUGGGUAUGGCCUCUGACGAGAAGAUCAAGCAACGUCGUGAUAGUCAUGAAGCCUGAAUAUAUCUUGCUUCCAGUG